GGAAUGGGCAGACUGUGUGCGCAUGAUGAUGUUGUUUUGCCUUGUUUGCCAAUCACUAAAAUCUCACACUUCAUCUCUUCCAUCUUCCUCUUUGUCUACAAUAUCUUUAGUCGAUAUCCGUACUAAUGACAGCUGUCCUUCUCUUCCUCUGACUUGAUCUCUUUUUUCCUUCUCUUCUAUCGGCCUUGCUAUCAUGGCAUCCCUUCUCUCGUCCACGCCUCUCCACCUGCAAAAGGCCGAAGAAUACCGCAAACCACCUCCCAAAGGCCAACCAUACUCAAUAGCCAUCCCGGGCUCUCAGAAACAAGGAAGGACACCUGUAUACCGCCAUCAAAAAUGUCGCGAUGGGGUUCUCCAAACUCUCGACCCUGCCGUCCUCACCGGCCAUGACAUGUUCGAGUUCGCUGCCCAGAAAUACCCUCAUGCUCCCUGUCUAGGCUAUCGACCAUGGGUCUCAUCUCAAAAGGCAUACGGCCCCUACGAGUGGCUGGACUAUGAGACCGUACAAAAGAGAAGGGCAGACUUUGGCGCCGGGCUUGUUGAAAUCCAUGCAAGAGAAGGCGUCACCGGGGCACAGUACGGUGUUGGAUUAUGGUGUCAGAACAGACCCGAAUGGCAGUUGACCGACCUGGCCUGCAUGUCGCAGUCGUUGUUCUCAGUUUCUCUCUACGACACUCUCGGCCCAGAGACCUCCGAGUACAUCAUCCGCCACGCAAACCUCGCCUGUGUUGUUUGCUCUCUAUCCCAUGUGCCGACGCUGCUGAAGCUCAAGCCACGCCUCUCCAACCUGAAAAUUGUCGUCGUCCUUGAUCCUCUCGAUUCCGCGCCCAAUGAGAAACCCGAGCUGUCGAAACAGGUCCUCCUGGACACAAUGGCCGCAGAUGUAGGGUUGAAAAUCUACUCCCUCGAAACCGUGGAACAGCUGGGAGCAUCGCUCGGCCGGCCAUACAACCCACCUAGACCUUCCGACGCCAUUACCAUCAACUACACGUCGGGCACGACCGGCCCACCCAAGGGCGUCCUCCUCACACAUGCCAUGGCUGUCGCAGCAACGUCAUCUUCACUGGUCUCAUCCUCUGCAGACAAGAACUCCAGGAUGCUCAGCUACCUCCCUCUCGCGCACAUCUACGGCCGUCUCCUCGAGCACAGCUCCAUCUGGGCUGGCAGCCGGAUCGGCUACUUCCACGGCAACGUACUUGAACUAGUCGACGACCUCAAACUCAUCCGGCCCACGACAUUCGCCUCGGUCCCAAGACUCUUCAACCGCUUUGGCGGCGCCAUCAAAGCCCAGACCGUCGAGCAGCCCGGCGUCAAAGGCUCACUGUCUCGGUACAUUGUGCGCACGAAGCUGGCCAAUGCCAAUCCCAGCACCAACCCGUCCCCGACAUACACCCACCCCAUAUACGACCGGAUCUGGGGCCGCAAGGUCGCGGGAGCUCUGGGCCUCGACCGCGCGCACACCAUGGUCUCCGGGUCCGCGCCGCUAGACCCCUCCCUCCAGCAAUUCCUGCGCGUCGUCUUCUCGUCCCGCGUCUUCCAAGGCUACGGCCUUACCGAGACCUACGCCAUGGCGCUGACCCAGCCUAUCGACGACUUCAGCGUGGGCAAUUGCGGCGCCGUCGCGCCCUGCCAAGAAGCGUGCCUCAUCUCCGUUCCGGACAUGGAGUACACGGUCGACGACAAGCCGUACCCGCGAGGUGAAUUGCUCCUCCGCGGCGCCUCCGUGUUCAAGGGAUACCACAAGAACGACGAGGAGACGGCCAAGGCCUUCACCGACGACGGCUGGUUCAAGACGGGCGACAUCUGCAGCGUCGACGAGCUGGGCCGGUUCCGCAUCAUCGAUCGCCGCAAGAACGUCCUCAAACUCGCGCAGGGCGAGUACAUCUCUCCCGAGCGCAUCGAGGGCGUCUACUUGUCUAGCUGCACGUAUCUGGCGCAGGCGUUCGUCCAUGGCGACAGCGUUCAAACGUUCCUGGUCGCUGUGUUUGGCGUGCAGCCUGAUACAUUCGCGGGGUUCGCGAGUAAAGUGCUCGGCAAGCAGAUCGGACCCACAGAUAUCGAAUCGAUCAAAGCUGCGUGCGAGGAGCCCAAGGUCAAAGAGGCGGUGCUGAAGGAUCUGGACAAAGCAGGCCGGAGGAAGAAUUUCGCCGGGUACGAGCGCGUGAAGAAUAUCAAGUUAUAUGUCGAGCCGUUCACCGUGGACAACGAGUUGCUUACGCCGACGCUCAAGCUUAAGAGGCCUGUGGCGGCGAAGAAGUAUAGGGGUGUGCUGGAUCAACUGUACGCUGAAGCUCUGGAGAAGGAGAAGCAGACUGCGGUGAAGGCGAAGUUGUGAUUCAUGUUUUCCUGCAUUGCGAAUAGGUUGUGCGCCUGAACGGCCAAGGGCUGCAUUUGGAUAGAGACAUGUUUCCAUCACCGGUGAUGAUAGAGAAGCUAGACUAGAUGCCAUGAGAAGAAUAUAAAUGCGCAAUCAGGUG